AGAAGGUACUAGAAUACGGAGUAUCCAAAUAUUCGCCCCCGCCUAAAGCCACACAUAAAUAAACUAACUAUCCACUCACACUUAUUUACAUCUUGUUCGCACUCACAAAAAUCUCAAAACCUAACCACAGAAAGAAAAUCCAAAUCUCAGAACUUUUCCGUCGAUCUUCUUCGAAAAUGGGCCGUAAAUUCUUCGUCGGUGGCAACUGGAAAUGCAAUGGAACUACCGGUGAGGUGAAGAAGAUAGUAGAUACUCUCAAUGCAGGGGCGAUUCCAUCAACCGAUGUUGUGGAGGUUGUGGUCAGUCCUCCAUAUGUUUUCCUCCCUGUGGCAAAAAGCUCAUUGAGGCCUGAAAUCCAAGUCGCUGCACAGAACUGUUGGGUUAAGAAAGGUGGCGCAUUCACCGGCGAGGUUAGCGCUGAGAUGCUUGCUGAUCUGGAUAUCCCAUGGGUCAUCCUCGGUCACUCUGAAAGGAGGGCUUUGCUAAAUGAGUCCAAUGAGUUUGUUGGGGACAAAGUUGCAUACGCUCUCUCAAAAGGUUUGAAGGUCAUAGCUUGUGUUGGAGAAACCCUUGAACAACGGGAAGCUGGCACCACUAUGGAUGUUGUUGCUGCACAAACCAAAGCAAUUGCAGACCGAGUAACUGAUUGGACAAACGUAGUUGUUGCUUACGAGCCAGUCUGGGCUAUUGGAACCGGAAAGGUUGCAUCUCCAGAGCAGGCUCAGGAGGUACAUUGUGAAUUGAGGAAAUGGCUUGCAGCCAAUGUCAGUUCUGAAGUUGCUUCCAGCACCAGAAUUAUCUAUGGAGGCUCAGUUAGUGGUGCAAAUUGCAAGGAGCUGGCUGCUAAGCCUGAUGUUGAUGGCUUCUUGGUGGGGGGAGCCUCUCUAAAGCCGGAAUUCAUUGACAUUAUCAAUUCCGCAACUGUGAAGAGUGCUUAAAUCUGGAAGUGGUGUAUGAAAAAGCUGCUGCCAGGAGCUACAUACAACCGCGAAUGUUUUUUUUGAAGCUGCUUUAGAGAAAAUAAAUUAGAAUCUGAAAUCUCUGUAUUUUGGCUUGCCAGUAGCUUUUGGCUUUCAGCUUUCAGCUUAUCAUGUAGUGGAAAUAAUGAUUUGUUGUUGAACUAUUUCACUGGAUGAGAUUUACCCAGUUUCAUUAUUUGAAAAUAUGAUUUCCGUCA